AUGAAGACUAUUGAAUCAAAUCCAAAAUUAACAAUUCGGAAGACAGCUCAGCUCUAUAGUGUGCCUCGAUCUACAUUGGGUGAUAGAAUUCGAGGUAAACCUAAUAUAGCUGAAAGUCGACCAAAAAGCUAUAAUUUGACUGAAUUGGAAGAGGAGGUUCUUAUUCAAUAUAUACUCGAUCUGGAUGAGAGAGAUUUUGCACCUAAAUUAAGUGGUGUGGAAGAUAUGGCGAAUUAUAUACUCGAAUCGCGGGGUGCGAAGAAGGUUGGAAAGCUCUGGGCUCAUCGCUUUGUAAAACGACGUUCAGAACUAAAGACGCGUUUUAAUCGCGUUUAUGACUUUCAAAGAGCUCUCUGCGAAGAUCCAGAGCUUAUUGAAGGGUGGUUCCGAUUGGUAUCGAAUAUGCAGGCAAAAUAUGGUAUUCAGGACUGCGACUUCUACAACUUCGACGAAACCGGUUUUAUGAUGGGUGUAAUAUGCCCCGGAAUGGUUGUAACUGGUGCUGAACGAUGUGGCAGAAGCAAAGCAAUACAGCCAGGCAAUCGAGAUGUAUUAAAACGAGCAUAUGGUUCACAAAUUGAAGGAUUUAUCAAGGCUCAUAUCAAUCAUAUCUCUAAGGUUGAAUUCUUUAUAGCUUUCAAAGCUGCAUAUCAACAAUCGAUUACAGUUCAGAAUAUGAAAGCUGGCUUUCAAGAAACAGGACUAAUACCAUUCGACCCUCAAGCUAUACUCUCGAAAUUGGAUAUUCGAAUUCGUACACCUACCCCUUUACCCAUUCCCUUGGAAUCUGCCGAUUCUUGGGUCUCUCAAAUACCUCAUAAUCCAACUGAAGCUCUUUCACAAUCGACUUUAGUAAGAUCUCGAAUUGCUCGACAUCAAUCAAGUUCUCCUACACCUAUUUUCGAGACUGUAACUGCUUUGACUAAGAGUACAGAACAAUUAGCUCAUAAAGUUACACUUUUAAAUACAAAGAAUUGUAUACUUCAAAAGACAAAUAAAGCAUUAAGCAAACAUCGACACACUAAAAAAGUUCAACUAUGGAAUGGAGGAGUACUUACUGGACAGGAAACUGAGGAUAUAUUAUCACAACAAAAGGUAAAGGUUCAGAUUCGACACAACGAGCAUCAAAAUGGGAGAAAUUCUAAUAGGGAAUCUUCUACUAGUCGAUGCUAUAGCAAGUGUGGAAAGACCGGUCAUAAUUCAAGAACUUGUCAGAAUGAUGUAAUAGAUCCUAGUUUAUUAGAUUCUUAA